UUUUUCUUUUUAACAUCACACUUGCAACGCUUGCGAUUCGGUAGAGCCGUUUUACGGGAAAUCGGGUUUAGCAUCAGCGCGCGGACUCUCGCUGAUGUAACGGACGUGCGUUCUCCAGUGCGCGUCGACCUCGCAGCGCGACGUCGCUUCUUCUUCGGAGUCUUAUUAAGCUAACAAGAAGAAUAAACAAAUUCCACGAUAACGGCGCGCGCGCGCGCGCGAUUUUGCAGCGUUACAUCACGCCGUUUUAUGCGCGUUGUAGCGCGCAACGGCCGGAUCAUUUAUUCGUGCACGCGCCCACAAUCACCGACAUGGUCUCUUUCCGACGAUUCACCCGCGACAGCCUGUCCAUUUGCGAGAACGACGCAAGUAGCACAAAUAGUAAUUCUGCGACGGGAGGAUCCGCGAGUUUCGCCAAGCGUAUACGAUUCCGCGCGCCGAGCGGAACGUGAUUCCGCUGCGUCUAGCGCCGCGCGUAGUUCUUCAACGUGGAAUCAUUCCUGAAAACGAUCUCUCCAGUCUCCACUUCUCCAUAUCAUUGUCUAUUUUUUUUCUUCCAUCACGUGCACCGGGCUUGAAGCCUCAUUCUCCGCAUUGAACGAACGAAGAAUGCAAGAAGCGCACCGCGAGAAACCGGAUUCGCGAUCCCAUGGUGGCCGAAAACGCGCGUUCCGCGUUAUUAGUUUACCGUAAUGACUUCGUCGAGAACCGGCCGGCUGGCUGGCCUCGCACACGACACAACUGGGGCAAUCCUGCCAUUUUUCUUCCCGGCCACCCGCGAGUUUCACGGUGCCGCGAGUACUACCACGGCGAAUUAAAGGAGCGGAUAGAGACGGAAGCGCGCGGGCACGCGGCGAAGAAUUAACGGUUUAUGUAACCAGCCGUGUGUAAUUCCACGGUUGCGCCUCGCAAGACCUCGCGCGAGAGCGUAAUUAGUACGAGACUCUGUUCAUUACCCUCUCGCGAGGGUCUGCUCUAUGCGCGUGUCCCUAUGAUCGCUCGCGGAUGAAUUUUUCCUCCUUACGGUGAUUCGGCUUUUUUUUCUUCGUGAAGGACAACGUCUAAUCUGGUUUAACGACUUCCCGGAAAAAUGACGUGGACUUGGAUCGCGUGGGUAUUACAUGAGGAAUUCAGCAACUUCGCUCCGGAUUUUCCGGAGGACAUGCAUAUGCGAUCCAACUGCUAGAUCCAAAACGAUGGCUGAUCUCGUCUCCUGAUCUCAUUAAAUUGAUAGAUUGAGGCUCUUCUCGAAGUUUGUUAACUCGAGAUGAUCAGUUUGUCAUUGCAUCACUCGUGGAUGCGUGAUCGCUCAUCGCUGAGCUUACAUUGCUCCUAAUACGCAGUUCACAACGUCGAACUGGAUUAUACUUGGUAGUUUUUCACGGUUGAAAAAUUUCCCGAGGGAGAAGAUCGAGGUAAUGAUACCAUUUCAUAUCACGCUUCUGUCAUCACGUGGCGUGCUGUUAUCUAACCCGAUCGAGCGCGAUGAACGAUCGAUGGGCAUAAAUUAGCCGAUCGCACGAUAAUUGGACAGCAACCGCGAUGAUUGGGGAUCGUCAUGGUCAUCUCGUUGUUGAGGGAGGCAGUCAGCUUCUCAUCUCCCCGCUACCACCCUUAAUUGGAAAUCGCAGAUUCGCGCGCAUAAUUCAGCAGCGAUCGAUUUCUCGUCGGGCUGACGGCGACCGCAUUCUCGGACGCGAAACACCUUUGAAAAAACGCCUUUUUGUCACGUCCACUCGGGCUUAAUCGAGCGUUACUAUCGCUCGUUAAUGCAACAACGCGCGCCUGAUCGUAUGGUUUUGUCUCGCCGGAAGCGAGAAGUGACCGGCCGCGCGGUUGCACCAACCUCGCUUAUAACGUUAAUCAUGGCUAUCUGUGCAUAAACCAACACAACACGCCUGAGCAGCGCGUGAUAAGUGAUCUUUCUAAUGCGUAGUCCGGCGUAAACUCGUACGCACUUUUCGCAUAAAUUAUCACUCACGAGCUCCUUCGAUGGAAUUCCGCGGAUUUGAAUUACAAAUCUCGAGUCGAGUUCGUAAGUCGUUUUCCCUGAAUGAUGAAAAAACAUGCGCGCUGCUAUACGAUAUCCUUUCUUUCGGAAGGUAGAAAAAUGUUCCCGCAGCUUUUUGGGGGUUUCAAGCGAUAGCGAUGUCUGCGAUAAGGAAGCAGAGAUUACGAGAACAUUGAAUUAGUCAUUGAGCGACACGACCCGAGCAAGAAUCGCAAUGGAGUUUGAGGAAGAUGCAAUCGACUUACUGGGAACAAGAGAGUGAUGAGGGAGAGAGAGAGAGGGCGUCCAAGGGUCUCAGGGUUUAUCGCGCUCGUAGACGACCCCGGCGUGUAUCAGUGGCAGGUUUAAUUGCAGAUUCGGCGGGGAAAGUUUGAUUAAACGGCUAUUAUUCCAGCGCGAGAUAACGCACAAUCUGCGAUUCAAAUCCCCGUCCGUCCGUUUUCCGCUUGGCGCAGCGCGGAACAAAGGGAAGUUUGUUUUUCCGUUGCACGUCGAUACGCGGCUGAUGAAAAUAAGGUGGAAAAAACGAGCGUGGAAGAGAAAUUUUUCACAGAGAGAAAAAUCGUUUGUGCAAACCAAUACGCGUAAUGAUGAAUCCCGGAUAACGUCCGCCUCGUUGGAAUAUUAUUUAUUUACGAGAUUGUUUAAUCAUGUAAAUUCCAUCGAUUGUUACGUGUGCAAAUAAGACGUCGCAAUCUACAUUUCAAGAACCUCAGUUUCCUCUGAGCUCGUACGCAAAGAAAAAAUUAGUCAAGCCGCUGUCUUUUCCCGAUUUAUGUAUUUUUUAUCUCUCCGCACGAACGCAGGACGAUUUUUUCUCGUGAGACUGCAAUUGUCACACUGUAAUUACUCGCUCGUUUACUUCAUUCGUCUAGUCUGCCUUGGCCGACAAAAACACCGCGCUACCCCGGUCGAGCAGGCGGCAUUUUGUAUUUGUCACGCCCGACAAUAGAAUUCUCGUGAGAGUGCCCGGCGUGUGCUAGAAACGUGCUCUUCUUCUCGCUCAUCUUCGGAGCUGCCGUUGUUGCGGCACAAUGGGUGAGAGCAAAAAGUCGGCGAGCAAUCAAUUGACGACACUGUGGCACUCGACAACUGCAACGAUCCGGGUAUCCCUGCGGUGUGCGGCAAUUAUCCAAUACGGUUUUACGUAAUCCGCCGCGAUAUAAACGCGCGCGUGCCUAUGACAGUUUUCUUUUCCUGGUUCACUCCAAGUAACAUUUCGAUUAUAUCGCGGAAUGCAGCACGGCGGAUUUCUUAUCCGACGCGGAUGUGCGCUCAAUGUAAACGACUUAUGCAAUUCACGCAAGAUUGCUGAUGCAAGAUGAUUGAUCGGCGGCCCUUCCCAAGUCUCUUCUCAAGAAAAAAAAUAUUCCUGCUAACGCAUCGUUGGCGGAUCGAGCUAUGCGUUUGCGUAACCAGUUAUGAAUUAAGAGACCCUUCUGUCGACUUGCAAGUCGUCAAGAUCAAAUCGUGAGUGCCCGCUCAGAGAUUGGUUUCUCUCUCUCUCUCUUCCGUAAACGUGUUUGUCGACGCUUUUAGAGCCGUCUCCUGCGCCCUUCGUCCCUCCGUUAACCGCUCUGCCGGAAAUAAAGACGCUCCAUCCGGCAGCCGGCUUUUCCGACGUCGACCAAGUGCAACGUGCCGCACUACGAUGGAUGCGCCCCGUCGGGUGCGACGUCUCGCUCCAUAAAGGACAUUGUCGGGCGACAGCAACUCGCGCGUUCAAGAGAGGAAGAGAAAAAGAAAGAGCGUGGGUGUCUCUCGAGGAAGUGCGCAUUCUUCGGACGAAUCCAGCGAGUCGAUUCCCCGAGUCCACUUUUAGCGGGCUUCUCGUCUCCCAACGCACUCCCGGGACGUAGACGCAUCCGUUACCCGGAUGUCCGCGCGUUAUUUCACGCUCGGCUGUCGCACAGGAAUAAUCCGAAGCUCCUCUUCUUCUUAUCCGAUUCUUCAUCGUGGCUCUCACCGUGGCCUCUUGCACCGCUGCCGCGGUCAAGUUAGUCAUCGCGCUGGAUUUCUCGUCGGAUUAAAGUGGACGAGAAGCCUUUUUCCCAAUGAAGGGCUGGAUCAUUAAGGGUACGGUCGAGGUAGUUUCGCACCUGGAACGUUUCACCUUUAAUUUACAUCGCGUCUUGCCAGUUUCGCGAUCAGCGUCCUUAGAUCACCUCGCAGCCACGUCACGUCGCUGCUUUCUCGACCGCAAAUCCUCGUUCCCUCGACGAGGCCGGUCGUUUCGUCGCUUUUUCCGCGGCCCUCCAACCAAGUCCUUCGCCGGUAUGCGCUCGGCGUGGCGCGUUGCGUUGCGUUGCAUUGCGUGUAACACGCGAGGGCCUCGAACAAUGCUCCGACACGCCAGUCCACGUCCGUGAAUUUUUAUUGCGUCGCAGACCGCAGUGCCGGGCAAAUCUAUCAAUUGCCGGUGGCAUCGGCGAAAAGGAAAAAAAGAAAUUUGGAGCAACAUUUCUUUUCGUCUUCGCAUAUGCGAUUGAAGGCCGCAGAGUAGCGUGAUGGUGUUCGCGUAUCGAUCAGAGCUCGGAUCAAUCAAAAGUGCACGGUAUACCAAAUUUGCAACGCACGACGACGACGAUUUUUCCAUUUGCAUAAUGAGUUGGAAUUUUUAUUUAUCUGUUUUUCAUUCACGGCUCGUGCUCGUAGAAGCCAGCUUCGAUCAAGGAGGCGGGGUUUAUUAAGGUGCAGCGUACAGAGUUCACGUACGUCCGCGCGGGUCAGCGCAACGCGUCGUCCGAUGAUGAUUAAUGACUCGCUUUCUUGCCUGCUUGCUUUUAACGCGCUGACACUGACAUUACGUCCUAGAGGAAAGCUUGGCGAUUGUCCAAGCACUUCCGAAGCACUGCUUUAUGACACGGUUUGGAAACACCGGGCUGGCUAAAUUUGUCCGCUUCGCUUCGCCCGAGGUAGGUGGAGGAGGAGAUCACUGUUCUCGAGGGUCAUCCGGGUUUAGUUUCGAUCGUUAAUUAUUUUAUUAUUCUGAUCGACACGCUUUAUUACUGCGCUAUCCCCGGUAAUCCGCUUUCUCGUCUCAAUCAUUUCACGAUUCUACUUCCAAUUUCGAAAGUAAAGACAAAAGUAUUGACAGCCGAUUAUUUAUUCCGAUGAUCGAUAAGUUGCAUUGAUUUACGUCCAUCAAUCUAAAGUCACAAAAAGUUCUUACAAAUUCAUGUAAAACACAUGAUCGCUCGUUCGUUCGCUUGACAUGCUCGCCGGCUAUCUUACGGCAAGAUUAUCGCGGCAUCCGGAAACCACUCACGAUAUUGCUCACAUCUCACGGCGCGGCGGUACCGCCUCACCGUCGUACCGUAUCCCGUAUUCUCGUUAAAUCCGCGACAGGGAAAUAAUAUACUCGCGCGGCUUUUUAUCGGGCUUUAAUAACGGGGCGACUCGGUACCCCGCCGCGUGCGUACCCCGAUAUACAAUAUUUUACCGUGCCCCUCUCGUUUCUCAGCAAUCCUGUGCGCGUUUACCGUACCCUACGAUACGAGAUCCGCGGCCGAUCGUCGGUGCCGGGCGUUAGGUAGAGGUACGCGCUAUCGCUUAUCAGUAUCUGCCACUGAUAAGCAGCGUAACGAAGCCGAGCCACGACCGGCCACGGCCGCUUAUCGGCGCUCGAGAAAUGGAUCCAGUCGCAACCGGCCGUCGUCCAGCCGCGAACAACCUUUCGGUAUCGCCUUUCUCGUCCUUUCGCUUAUCCGUUUCCUCCCUUUUUUUUUUAAUCCUUCCUCUCUCCUCCUCGAGGAGAGAUCGCGGCGCUCUUUCGCGAGGGAAAAGAGAACGGGGCGCGCCGGGAGAGAGAGAAAGCGACUCUUCCUCUCUCUUGUGCGUCCUUUUUGGGCGCGACUUCGCCGUGAUUGUGCCGCGAAAGGUGUAUAUAUAUAUAUAUAUAAAUUUGUGUACGUGUGUUUCCUGUGUGUGUGUGUAUUGUUCGUGUGACACGUCGCUGAUAACGCACCACGAUCGGCGGAAAUUUACGUGUGCGUGCCGCGCGGAUUUCGCAGGCAAUUUUUGGUUCCCCGCGCGUUUCUCGUUGAACAUUGCUCGUGCAUGACAUCCUCGAUCAUUCCAGCAGCGCACUCGGUUCGCCAAGAGAGUUUAUCGAGUCGCUCGGCUGCCAAGAAGUGCUGACGUAACGCCUUUUACGGAGUGUUAGCGACUCUUGAUUCUCGAGUACGUGAUACAUCCGAUGCGUUUUCGGUUCGCGAACUCCACGUUUCUCUCGGUCACGAGUUCGCGCUGAACCAAGCAACCUGCAGCCUUGUUUCGUGAAAAUUAUUCGCGUUCUUCAAAUUCUCUUCUCUGCUAUUCAGAGUCAGAGUUUGUCUGCUGCAUUCGCAGUCACUACGCGAGCGAGAUUUAAUUUUGUUUAAUGAUAGCAUUCUCGCGUGCAGCUAAGCGCAAGGAUCAUUUGGAGAACAUCGCGAUGCCGAUCGCCCUUUAAUCGCGGGAAGAGAAACGGUCGCCACGAGGUCGUUUCUUGAAGAAACGAUGGGAAGCAUGCAUUGUUAUCGGACAUUCAUGCGGUAAUUAACGCGUACGAUGGCAGAUUCGUGCUCUCUGGAUCUCUGACGGGAACGACCUUAGGUCGCGAUGAUUGCACUCCGCCUGGAGCGAUUGUGCCUUUGGACCUCCUGCGAAAGAGAUUUCUUUGAAACGCGAUGCCAUUCGACCUCAAUUUGCAGUCGUAAGUUGGAUGAAGUGCAAGUUGUAGAAUUUGCACUGGAAGUUGGUACAGUCGCUUCGCGAUCCGUGUGACAAUCGCCCGAACGAUCGUCCGUAAAGCAUCAAUUAACGUCGCUGAUAACGUGAUUAGCGUAACGAUUUACCGUCCGCUAUUCCCCUGCCGAGUCUUCCGAACCGCCACGAGCUCGGCGACGAGGAUCCGCUCGAAAUAGCCCGUUCAAUUUUCCUAUCGGCAAACGUCCACCCUUCCAUCGAACGUCGCAAAACCCGGUCGAGGGAACGAGUUUACCCCUUUUUGGAGACUCGGUCUCCAUUCGAUUACCGAGCAAAUUUCCGGCCCGGCUGUUCCACAAACGAGAGGCGAACAAGAACGAGCAGAAAAGCCGCCUGCGGGACGUGAAAAUUCAGUAGAUCUUUCGCUUUCAUCUGUCUUGUCAAUUAUUUUAUUCGACAGAAUUUGUUCUUCGAGUUUAUUUGAUUUAAAUAUAUGGAAUUAUAAAUAUUUGGAAAAAGAAACAUUUUUAUGGAAAUCUCAGGAUCUCGUAGAAUCAGUGCGUCUUAAUCGCCGAUGGAAUAUUUUCCACUUUACUGAUGUCGAGUUAAGCCGGAUCAAGGCAGUGCUUGCACAAGUACUCGCAUCCUUAUCACCGUCUUAAAGCCUCACACGCAUACUAUGACGUGUAGCUCUUUACUCGGUAUCUCAACGUGUCCUCGAUCGUCUCGUUCGAUAAAAAUAGUGGACCGUAUUUCAUAACAAGUUGACAGGCGCAUCUUCCGUCUCUUUCGUGGGUUCUACACGUCACGUUAAUAAAAUCGUAUUGAAUUUUUUUAUUCACACAUAUCGACGCCUCCUCGCUUUUCAUCUCUGACAUAAUAAGCGUGCGUCCGACAUGAAAUACACACGAGAAAUUUUUUCCCAACAAUUUAAUGUCUAAAUUCUGUGUGCAGAGUGCGCGAAAAUUUCAAGAAAAUAUUCCCGCUUCUCGUUAGAGACACGUUUUACGUAAUAUCUCGUAAACGAGUAAAGCUGGAGCAGCAAACGAGCCAAGCAGGCUCGCUUUACGAAUCUCGUUGAAAUGUGCAAACAAGAUCCAGCUCUCCUCCGUAUUCACUCUUUCACGAGAUAUUCGCGAAAAUUGCUUCUUUUAGGGACAUGUUUUAUCUAACGUCAAACGGCAAUUUCCCUCUAUUAAGGCACCAUUACGCAGUAGAUGUCUGAUUCACGCACACAGACAGGUACACGCUCACUGUUCUCCGGGUUUUUACUCGCAGCAAUCGUCUGCUCGCGCUAAACCGUGAUAAUCCGUGCGAUUGCGAGCCUCCCCUGCAUAUCUGUCUGCUUUAUUGGCUACGAGCGAACGUUGCGAUUUCAAAACGAGCCAGCGCAACAUCCUCCAACAAAGCUUCAUUUCCCCGUUUCACUACAAAAGAUCCUGUACACGUGCCGCUUGUUUGCUAUACGUGUGAUUGUGAAUCGCAGCGAGGUGUAUCCAGCGGAAUCGACAUGCAAAUCGGAUUGUGACUCGUUUUCGGGUUCUGGGUUCUAUGUGCGAUAAACGUGUUCAGUGAUAAACGUGCUCGUCGCAGCAGCGUCUUCCUUGAAGAAGGAAGAAGAGAUCAGAGAGAGCAGAUACACAUUUGGCGUCUUCUUCCUAACAGAAACUAAACCUCCCGAGCAACGUCGUCGAUCAAUUUGGCCAUUGAAUCGAUGUUGAGGGCUUAUCGGCGAACGAUACCUUAUCUGGCAAGAACGUUCAUCAUCGCGUGGCGAUCAAAACGAAGAGGAGAACGACCGACGAGGACGACGAGACAACGCCAGCGAGUGAGUCCGUUCUCUUCGAGCCCACUUGAGAAAGAAAAAAAGAAAGAAGAAUUUCAUCGUCCCAACCAUGGACAAUCGCGAGAGCAGUCCGUUCGUGCGGACGCAACCUAGCAGAAGCAUGAUACGGCCACAAGCAGCCGCGCGCAAAUUCUUCACGCCGUCCCCGGCGGAGAGAGCGGCGCGACAGUUGGUGAAUCGACCGGUCGACGAACCGGAAGUGACGAGCCCGCAGUCGGGCACGUCGAAGCGGCCAUCACUCGCGCCUUUGGAGGCCCUGAAGCAAUGGGAGUUGGUGGAGGAUGACAAGGGACUGCAAGUGGUCGAAAAAAGAGGUGGCGGCCCUUUGAGUCCCGUCAGACCCGCCAAAGAGCUGUCGCUGCCGAUCGCGAAUCCGAUCUAUGGACGCAUGCUUUCCGGUCGGAAGGCCCUCAGCCAGGCUUCGAGCGUGGAAUCCACGAAUCUGGAAGAGAAGCUGCGCGGCCUCAAUGAGUCGAAGAUCGUCCAGCCGAUCAGGCUUUCGCUUGGUCAACAGAGAGAACAGACGCCGGAGCCAGAAGGACCGCUCAGCCUGAAUCUGAUCUUGAAGCAGCAGCAGCAGCAGCAACGCUCGACGUCGACGACGAUCGAGAGCACCGACAUGCUGCAGCGAUUGGAGCAGCAAGUCAAGGCCAUCGAGAUGGGCACGAUCGCCGCGAGGACGACGCGCCAGCUGGAGAACAGCGCGGACUUCGGCCCGGAAGUCCAGCUGAGGUACCGGGAACACGAGGACCUGCUGCGGAACGUGACUGACGACGAGGCCGAGGGGGCCUCGCCGCUGCACCGCGGAGACGCGACGCGGAACUCCACCGGAAACGCCGGCAUCGCUCCGAAGAAGCCUGCGAAACUGUCGAGAACCGCGUCGGACACGCGGCGCGGACAGGAAGCGGAGAUGAGGACGCAGUCCAGGAUGCCGCAGACCCGCGCGCUCGUGCGGCCGAUAAUCACGAAGAAGGACCAUCAGCGUCAUCAGCAACAGCAACAGCAGAACAACGCGACAACCGUCCCGCUCAGGCCGUUGUCGGACAUCAUGCAGAAGGGUAUUCAGGGCGAGAAGGAGACAGGGGAUGGCGUAGGGGUGUCGAGUAGCGGAGGCCGGCUCUCCUCGAGGAGUCGGACCUCCGAGGAACCUCACAUCGGCAAGUACAAAUUAUUGAAGACCAUCGGCAAAGGGAACUUCGCCAAGGUGAAGCUCGCCAAGCAUGUGCCCACGGGAAAGGAAGUAGCCAUCAAGAUCAUCGAUAAGACUCAAUUAAAUCCUGGUAGUCUUCAAAAGCUGUUCCGAGAAGUCAGGAUAAUGAAGAUGCUCGAUCAUCCGAACAUCGUGAAGCUGUUCCAAGUAAUCGAGACUGAAAAGACACUGUACCUGGUAAUGGAGUAUGCCAGCGGCGGGGAGGUCUUCGACUACCUGGUCCUACACGGACGGAUGAAAGAGAAGGAGGCGAGGGCGAAAUUCAGGCAGAUCGUUUCUGCUGUGCAAUACUGCCAUCAAAAGAAGAUCAUUCACAGGGACUUAAAAGCCGAGAACCUGUUGCUCGAUAGUGAAAUGAACAUCAAGAUCGCCGAUUUCGGUUUUAGCAAUGAAUUCACACCCGGUAACAAGCUGGACACAUUCUGCGGCUCGCCACCCUACGCCGCGCCGGAACUCUUUCAAGGAAAGAAAUACGACGGCCCGGAGGUGGACGUAUGGUCGUUGGGCGUGAUCCUGUACACGCUCGUGUCCGGCUCACUGCCUUUCGAUGGUUCGACGUUGAGAGAACUGAGGGAGAGAGUGUUACGGGGGAAGUAUAGGAUCCCGUUCUACAUGUCCACCGACUGUGAAAAUCUUCUAAAGAAAUUCUUAGUGCUCAAUCCAACGAAGAGAGCCUCAUUAGAGAAUAUAAUGAAGGACAAGUGGAUGAAUAUGGGAUACGAAGAUGACGAAUUAAAACCGUACUUAGAACCUGAACCUGAUUAUAGAGACCACAAGAGGAUAGGUGAGUCUGCCAAGGCCCUAGCUAGUUUGGGAUACACUCGCAGCGAAAUAGAAGAUUCUUUGGGACAAGCGAAGUAUGACGAUGUAUUCGCUACGUACUUGCUCUUGGGCAGAAAAACGACGGAUCCUGAGAGCGACGGGUCACGAUCGGGUAGUUCACUAUCUCUGCGCAACAUUCCACCUCAAGUCGGUUCGGGCAGCGGUGGAGGUAGCGGUGGUGGGACAGGCGGCGCGGUACAGAGUCCAUCGCACAGGGGUGUUCACAGAAGUAUCUCUGCUAGUAAUCCAAAACCUAGCAGACGGGCCUCGUCUGGUGGUGAGACUCUUCGAGGAGCACCUAGUCCAGGAAAUGCAACGAAUCACAAUCACGCGACUGCGGUAACCGGCACAACCGUGACCGGAAGUGGCGGUAGCAAUUUUAAGCGGCAAAAUACAGUAGACGCGGCCACGAUCAAGGAGAAUAGCGCUCGUGUUUCUGCAGGCCGGCCCUCCGCACCUAAAAACAGCCAGCCGCCCGGACAGUUAGACACCAUGACGAUGUUCAUUCUAGGCGUGGGCACAAGUCCUGGCGGUAAAGCGAGAGUAGGCAAGAGCAACACAAUGAACGCAGGAGUAGGUAGUGGUCGGCCUCUCACCUCACCUGCUCCUGGUUCUGUUGGUCGACGCAGCACCAUCUCCUACGAUCAAGCAAAAACGUCAUCAUCAUCUACUGAAAGAACCAACGAAGUACCCAGCCUGGGCGAGGGCACUAGACCGACGCGGGGUCACACCAAGUCUGCGAGCAUCAGCGCAGGUCACCGUUCCUCAAGUGGCGUACCCCCCAGCGACCAUUCACUACUGGACCCUCAACCACGCAACGCCCACAACUCCUUACUCGCCACUGCUGACCCCCUUAGGCAGAGCUUGGGUGUUUGCGCAAGCAACAGACUGGCCGCAGCCACUACACCAGCAUUUCCACGAAAUGUUCCAAGUCGCAGUACGUUCCAUUCGGGCCAAAAUAGAGCACAGCGAAAUCACACUCAGGGUCACACACAGACACAGGACACGAAUGCUAUUAGCCCUCUAGCAAGGCCGUCCUUCUUCUCGAAGCUAUCGUCGAAGUUCACCAAACGGCAGUGAACCGUAAAAGCUUCGCUUCAUCUCUCGAGUUCCGACAAGCGAAAAGGCCAUAGAGACACGGGUUUUAACACGACCAGUGUGCCGACAUGAGUGUCAUGAGCAAAAUGCAGCAUGCCCGACGCGCGUACCGCAUACAUCUAACGCAUUAUUAAAUCGGGUCGGGCAAAGUGGCACAAGUCUAUGUUAUCCUAUGACCGACCGCUCAAUGAACAUUGUGAUGCAUAUAUAAGAGAAACAGAAACGAAAGAGAAGACUCCGUUAUUCUGUGGUUUCCAACGAUGCGAAUUACAUUUUUAAGACUUUACACGUCGAUGAUAAAUGAGUAUCAUCGCGCGAUUAUCAUCUCUCCAGCGUAAUACACACACAGACCAUACAUACACGCACGAUAUACGUAUAUAUCACGAUAUGUAUCGCUACAUUGGAUUCACACAUACAUACACACACACACAUACAGAGAUAUAUACGUGAUUGUAUAAUUGUUAAAAAAAGAAAGCAAAAGAAAACGAGAAAGAGUGACGUCUUCCUGGGAUCACGAAGCAGGAAAUCGCCUUACGCACUUAGAUGUAGCACCGGAAUCUGUGCCUUUCCUAAGUCAGCCUGCCUGUAAACUCUACCUGUACUUUGCGUCAUCCGUCUAAGGAGAAGACCUCCGAUAUCUUCUUUGCUAUAUUUUUCUACCCAUUUUCCACGAUCCACCGCGAUCCGGCUCACACUUGUUUUGCUUUCGUUGUAAAGUAACGCAGCUACGAGAGCGCGAGAAGCAAUUUUCCUUCGGAGCGCGAGGUGUGAUAGUCGAUAGAUGCCUUCCUGACGUAAAGUAUCUUAGCCACUAAAGUAUUUUCUAAGCGUACGAGUGUGUGUGCGUGCACGGGACGCUUUUUAACGUACUCAAGCACCGAGGCAUAUUUUUCACGAAUUUUAGCGACGAAUUUUGUGCUGCGACACAGGCAUAGGUCGUUUUUCUCUUCUCCCGCAUCGAAUGGAAUUCCCGCGAAAUAUUGUGAUCAAGUGAGUUUUAGAUCACUUGCAGAUCUAAAACUUGGAUUUACGUGUAGAUCAACGACGCGCGCGUACGAAGCGCACUAGCGCGAGCAGUAGUUUCUCUCAUCGUAGCUCUUGAGAUAUUUGUGCUUUGCAACGAGCUCCUCGUCCCCCAUCGCGAUCGAGUCGAUAGAGUCUGUUCGGUGGAAACGCGUUUACAUGUUCCUCGUUUACGUAUAUAUUUAUAUAUACGCGUAUUAAUGUUAUCCGAGUCUCCUUUUCUUUCUUUCCAUACCGCCUCCACUUUUCCCCUGCGAGAAAGGUCAAGAACGCUCGUUAACGUUGAUGACGGUCACAUACUCGAUCACGUUUUAACGGGCAGUAGAGUUUCGAGAGUGUGAGGAGGAUGCUGUAGUUGUACUAACACUAAUGAACGAAACAGAUAGACACAAUAGCGACAAUAGAGUACAUAUGAUUGUUCAUACUUUGACAGAUUUUUUUAAGUGAAGGAUGAAGUCUCGCCUUGUUUCCCCCGAGCUGUGAAAUGAGAGCGAGCCGCAUGCAGAUAUAUCGCGGCCACGGCAAUCGCAACUUCCACUACAAUGUGUUACUCUUAUUCCGUUAUUAUUUGCAACUCUCUCUUACUUAUCUUUUUUUUUUCUUUGUCGCGGAUUAUAUUAGUGAGGACUAGAAUAAUGUUGUAUAUUUUGUAACACUAGAGCGCACCUUUUCUUUUCUAUUUUUUUUCUUGUUUUCUCGGGAAGAUAUGUUGGAUAGCAGUAAUGUCUUUCAUUGUAGUUUAUUUGGACAGUCUAUCGUAUAAUAAUUUCUUUCCUUUAUUGCGGACAAGAGCAAGAUGUGUCUAUUCUGUAGUGCACUCUCUCAUAUUCCAUUUCGUGAUGUAACGUUCUAUCUAUACCUGUUGAAAUCGAUCUAAUAUAAUUGAUCGGAGAAAACUUUAGUAUGUACCUUUUUCUUUCUCUCUUCUCUUUUCAUUUUUUUUCGCUUUUAAUCUCUUUUUUUAUUGUUAUCCAGCAUAGAUUCCUCCUCUCAAAGAUAGCGUGGAAUUCAUAUUUGGCCUUCCCUUUUAUUAUAAUGUCGUUAAGAGCUUCAUAGAGGCUUCUCGUAUCGAUUCUUUCACAUUUAAACGAAAUUCAAGGAAACAAAGUCCUUUAAAACGAAUGGAUAUGUAUGUUAACAUAUACAUAUAUGUGUGUAUAGAUAUUGACAUUAAUUGCAAUACCUUCUUUCAUCAAAUGUUUCAUAUAACUUGAUAUUCUUUUAGUUAUAGAUCAUUGUGAAAUUAACGUAAUGCGAUUUUCGCGAGAUUAAAAGAUAUUUAAUCAGACAAUGGAGCUGAACUUGUUUUGUUUGAGAUAUUGAGCAAAGGAAAUCUAUUGUAAAUUGAUUCCUCUUAUAUUUGUCUUCCAAUCAACAGUAACACGUGUAAAAUAUAUUUUGCAUUUAUAUUUGAAUAUUACUUAGUUAACGCACUGUGCAAAAUACGAACGCAUUUCGAUCAAACAGAAGCAAAUAUGGAGACAUAUGUAUGAAAAGUAUAUACAUCAGGCAUUCCACUUUAUCUUUCCUUUACGAUUAAUGUAUAUGUCUUUUAAAAUACGAUUACGGCAUUGAAAUAUAUUUUUUAUCAAGCAAACAAAAACUUUUUCCGCUUUAUUGAAGUUCUGUAAACAAAUAGCAACAAAUUACACGCAGAAUGGCUUUUUCAUGUCUAGUUUACUAAUAAUAAUAAAAAUCGAUUCCUGAUUUCUGCAAACUGGCAGUUACGAAUACUCUGUUCCGAUAUUGAUCUCAAAACUGACUAAUUAAUUAAGGAUAGAGUGUGCUAUUUGAUUGCAAUGAACGGUAAUUCAGUUUUACCCAUCUUGCUUUAAUUUAUUCUAUUAAUAAAUAUUCAGUUGUAUUGUGUAAAUUAUCGAGAACGCGACAUUACAAUAGAGAAUUAUCCCAACAAGGCAGGCCAUAAUUAACCGGUACAUCAUUUAUUUAUAUAUUAAUUAUAAUGUAUUCUAAUCUAUACAUUGUACUAUUAUUUAAUUAUUAGAAAUAUACAAUAUUUAAGCACGUAUAUGUCUCUCCGGUAACGUCAUUGUUCAACAACAAAAGCUAUUGCUGCUAAUCUCUUGAUGCAGAACAAUACUGUGCUUAGUACAACGUAAAGACGUAAAUCCAAAUUAAUUUGAAGGCAUGUACAUAGCUUUUCACCAAGAUUGCUGUCUUAUUUGUGCAAUUUAUCGUGCAAAUAUAUAUUUUUCCAAUACAAGAACAUACUCCUCAAUAUCAUAUUUUUAAUAAAAGAAUUUAAAAAGGAUAUUAGAUAUAAUUUUUACAGUAUGACAGAUGUAACUACUGAAAAAAAGAAAAAAAAGUAUUACUCCUGAAUAUGAUCGUGUCUCAAUACUAAGUGCAGAUAUUGACUUUUUGAGUGUACGAGUCAUCAAUUUUUGAGAAUCGAGUAUUAUGUGUGUUACACCGAUAUAUCGAAGAUACGUGCCUUUUCCUAUAUGAUAUUGUGUAUUUCGAAUAUCUCGUAACACGGCAGAACGAUGCACUAAUCCUUCCACAGUCAUUGCCAAUAGCAUUUAUUAAUAUCUGGUCAACGUAAUAGCAUCUACACAUGUUGUAUGGCAGAUAAUUAUUAAUUAUUAUUAAUAUUACGUUUAUUAACAAGUGGCGUAUAUUUUACAGAGUGGCCUUAGGCUACCUGAGACAAGUGUGUUACGAUUACUUCUGACAAAUCAGAGAAACUUUAUACUCGUCUCUGAUUUUUUACGACAUCGAUAAAUUUCUUAUAUUUGCUUGUGUAUAAAGGAUAUUAAAAAUAGGAUUGUAUUUACUUUCCUGAAUUUAAUGAUAUACAUAUACAUAUAUAUAAAACGGUUAACUCUCUUUUUAUUUACGUCUCACAGGAUUGCACAAUUAAUGUAUCCUCCUUGAUAUAAUAUAUAGUUAGCAUUUUGAUAUAAUAUAUUCCCCACGCGAAUGUCAGUAGCAUUUGUUUUUGUAUUCGUCAUGUUUAUCGAUAUUCGAUGCAUAAGUGAUAUUAGAAAGUUGUAAAGAGAUGAUAAUGUGUAAUACCUAAGGCCACCCAUGAUAAUGUAUAUGAAAAUGAUGAGAAAGCGAA